UGAUGAAUCCCACUGUAUCUCCGACGUGCCUCCAGUAGUGGAAAGUUCAGGCCUCAAUUCUCUACAAAAGGUUCAAGCUUAGCGGACUAGCACCAAAUUCACCCUCGACAACUUUUCUGAUAUGAGCAAGCUUUCUGGCACUGCUACUCUCUCUGCUAUUACUGUGUUGGAAAGUCCUCGGGUUAUUGACAAGGGAAAGACUAUCCUUUUUGAUGCUCAUCUCUUCUUUUAUGAUGAUCCUGAGAGCUCGAGCAACGCAUUAAUGCUAUUGCGGUACUAUAAUGACCAAGAUCUCACCUUUGAUGAGGUUGGGACAUACCUCAUUCACGCCAAUAUUGCACGAAUGGAAAACAUUAUUGAGUCAAGGCAACUUUCCCAGGACUUGGAAAAGAAAGACUAUGUGCUGGUAGGAGAUGUGAUUCAACUCAUUCCACUCAAUGAGCAAGUGAACCCAAAGUACCAACCUUUUGUAAACAUCAAUGGUAUCGUGACUUCAUGCAAUGAGAAGGACCACACAUUUCAUGUUUCGGCAAAAUCGUAUGUUCAUGUACUCAAAGACCAUAAAGAUCUUGCAACCCUACCGGUACAUUGCUAUGCCCCAAAGACAAAACGUUGGGAGGAAUAUCCACCGCGACCGCGUGUCAAUGCCUACGUGGGUGUCGCAGGAUUUCUGCACUCACUUCGUCGUCAAAAAGAUGGCAUGGUCGACCAUUUCAAUAUUGAGAUUGAUCAAAUUGCCUAUUUGGGUCGUCCUUAUGUUCCAUCCACAGGCAUGCAAAAUAUUUCAAGUCCUGUUGCAGGAAGUGCAUCUCCGGUUACCAAACGAACCCGUUUCAGCUACACUGACAGUCCAACUCAGGCUAAAAAACGGGGCUUCAGUGAAUUGCUCUCUGAAUCUGGGUCUAGCCAAACCAAUACCAGUCCAUGAUUGUAUAUACCUCAUUGAGUACACAAUGUACCAACUGCUCAAGUCACUAGAAUUUGCUGAAUGAAAAC